GGCAGCCUCAGUCGUUCGCGAACCUUCAUCGAAGAACGUUCCUCGUACGAAUCGAUAUAAAUAUAUACACUAUCGAACGAACUAUCGAAAAAUGCUUAAAUUUAAGGACAAUUGAAAAAUGUGAAGAAACUUUUUCUUUCCCCUACGAAUAUUCUCCAUCGUUUAGUAGAAUUACGAUCAUCUUUUUCUAAAAACAAAAAAUAAUAAGAAAAAUAGAAUCGAUCAAUAAGAAACUUUAUUCUAUUUACUUUUUCAUCGAUCGUUACGUCGAUCGAUCGUAUAAAAAAAAGAAUCAAAGGUGCUAUAAACGCGGCUCAGUGUUCGAGAAUGAGGACGAUUUCGUAUCUCCGUCUUCGCAUCACUACCGACGAUUUUAGUGAAUAAGUUGUCUUAAUUCGUACUCUGACAUAAUCAUGUGGAAAUUUUGGAUCCUUCUGCUCUGUGCCACAGGGGUAUCCUCGACCUUGGUUGAUCCUCAUAGUUUCGGUAUAACCAUUCCACCGAAAAGUCAAGGAAAAACAAGUCGGCAACACGAACCAAUCAGACGCUUCGCAUGUCCCGUAGGAUUUUUUCGAUUGAAAAGAUUUUGUUACUACUUGAGCGCGGGUACAGCACCCUGGAGAGAGGCGUACUUCCAUUGCAAGGACAGAAAUGCGACUCUUGCGGUACUCGAUAGAAAUGGGAAAGAUAGAAUGUUAAGGAAAUAUCUGAUGGGCGACCAAUUCACGAAAUUGGAGCGAUGGAUAGGUGGGAUUUAUAACUGGCAACAAAUGGCUUGGGAGUGGGGUGUGACCGGCGAGAAAAUGGUUUUUCGGAGCUUCGGUAAAAUAAAUCCCGGCAAGUCCGAACAAUACGCCUGGCACUGCAUUGUAUUAGAUCCUGCUUUGAAGUAUAAAUGGAACGCCAAAAGUUGUGUGCAACGGAAGCAUUAUAUAUGUGAGGUACCAGCCGGGAGAAUAGCCAGAAGACGUAAGAAGACGGCCGAUCCCUUCGCGCCACAAAACCAAAGAUUAAAGCCUCGCAAACAAGGAAAAAAAUAUCCUGGUGAGCUUCGAAGGCAAAAUAAUAGACAAAAAAAGGAUUGGAGGCGAGACUGGGCAGAGCAAAUUGCGAAUCAACAAUGGGCGCAUGGAGUGAAUCCUGGUUCAAGACCACCUGUCAGAAUGAGAAGUUCAAGAGAAAAAAUGAGACAUCACUCGAACAGGACUAUUUCGAAUGCAACUGCACCGAAAGUCGCUCAAGUAAUACCUCAAAAGCAAGAAUACGGCACUUUUUUAGGGGAUGGACCGAGUAGCGCAAUACAUAAUCAGCCACAAGCUUUAUCGAAUGUAAAUGAUGUACUGUCUCAAUUCCAAGCUAAGAUCAACGAUUUCGCGCGAGAGGAGGUUCUGCUUAAACCUUGAAAGAAGUAAUCUUACCAUCGAAUCAUCGGCUUCUCGCAAUGCCAUUUUUCUUCUCUCUCUUUCUCUCUCUUUUCCUCUCUCUCUCUCUCUCUCUCUCUCUCUCUCUCUCUGUCUCUCUCUCUCUCUUUUCUCUUUUUAGCAAACUUUCUUCCUUUUUUUAGAUUCGAGAAUUCUCUCGAGGCUACAGACUGAGAUAAUUUAUUAUAUUGCAAAUGAAAGAUCGAACCCUCCACAGUUCCUUUUUUCUCUCUGAACUUCGUUAGUUAAAUCGAACAUUGCUGAACGAUUAAAUUAUAGCACAAUAUAAACAAAAAAAAAGAUAUUAUAACUAUAUAUAAAAUCUGUUAGAAUCUAAUUGCAAGUUGUUCUCUUUAAUAGCUUGAUAUAUAUAUAUAUAUGGUUUCAAAGAUGUGUAUCUGGCGAAAAAUUAUCCCAUACUUAAAAUUUUCCCAAAUUUAAAAAAAUAAACUCAAGUUCGAGAGUACGAGUAUUACACCCUUGUAUUACGACAUAUCAAAUUAGUAUUUCUUCGCUAUCUACGAAAGCUUCGAAAAAAAAAAAUAAUUGUAAUAUCAAUGUUAUAGGAGCCCGUGUUAUUAAAGGAAUACUUAAUUUACUCAUUUAGCGAUUAAGCAUUACCGCUAGUUGAAAUUCUUAGUUUUAACUAUAUAUAUAUAUUAUAUAUAAUUCUAUCAAGAUAAUGUUACUUUUACACUGCUUUGUCUGUAAAUAUGUAGAACCACAAUCGCCUGCCUCGUACUUCGUACGUUUAACGUCGUAUGUUAUAAUUAGAAUAAUAACAACAAUAAAAAACAUUUAAUCAAA